AUGCUGCUGCUGCUCCUGUUUCCCAUGGUCUUUCCCCUGCCCCCCGGGGCUCAGGCUGGGGAGAUCAUUGGAGGACAGGAAGCCUGGCCUCACUCCAGACCCUACAUGGCCUUUGUGAAAAUACAGAAAGAAGGAAAGGGAGUAAACAUGUGUGGAGGGUUCCUGAUCCGGGAGGACAUGGUGGUGACGGCAGCUCAUUGUAACUGCAACCUGGGCAACAUCUCCGUGCUCCUGGGGGCCCAUAACUUUGAAAUAGAUGAAGUGGGAACGCAGACGAUCUUGGUACAUCGCCGAAUCCCCCACCCAGAAUUCAAUAAUGAGACGUUUGAAAAUGACAUCAUGCUGCUGCAGCUGACGGACAAGGCCAAGCUGACCCAGACUGUGGGCACCAUCCCCCUGUCCCAGAAGAAGGUGAAGAAGGGGGCAGUGUGCAGCGUGGCUGGCUGGGGCCAGACCAGUAUCAAAACAAAUGCCCAGCCCUCUCCAACCCUGCAGGAGGUGGAACUGACGGUCAUGGGCAAGACAAUGUGUCUGUCUCAGCCCUAUCUGCACUAUGUCCCGUCCAGGAUGCUAUGCGUGGGGAAACCCCAGGAGAGGAAGUCGCCAUUCCUGGGUGACUCUGGGGGCCCCCUGGUCUGUGAUGGGAAGGCCCAGGGCAUUGUCUCCCAUGGCAGCGGUGACGGGUCAACUCCCAGUGUGUUUACCAGGCUCUCCAAAUACGUGUGCUGGAUCGAGAAAACUCUGCGCAAGCGGAAGCCUUAG